GACGUCAGGGACAUCAACGAUGGCGGCAAAGUCGCUCAAGAUCAUGUUCCUCGGAGCCCCGGGCGCGGGCAAAGGCACGUACGCGUCCCGUAUCACGCCCAUGCUGCAGAUUCCGACCAUUUCGACAGGGGACCUGGUGCGUCAUGAGAUUAAGACCAACACUCCGCUGGGUGCUAAGAUCAAGUCCUACAACAACAGCGGCGCGCUCGUGCCCGACCAGAUUAUCCUGGACAUGAUGGAGACGCGGCUGGCGCAGGACGAUGCCAAGCGCGGCUUUAUCCUGGACGGUUUUCCUCGAAAUGUACCGCAAGCCGAGGCCUUCCAGCAAGUGACCAAGCUGGACCUGGUGGUGAACAUCGACCUACCCCAGUGGAUUCUCUCGGACAAGAUCAGCGGCAGAAGGGUGUGCACCAAGUGCGGCUCUGGCUACAACGUGGCCUUCAUCAACCAGGGAGAGUACUACAUGCCCCCGCUACUACCCAAGGUGGAGGGCAUCUGCGACUCGUGUGGCUCGGCGUCGCUGGUGCAGCGUCCUGACGACUCCCCCGAGACGGUUAAACAGAGACUGGAAGUGUAUAACCAGGAGACGGCACCACUCAUUGACUUUUACACCAAGCUAGGGAACCUCAAAACGUUCGAGGUCAAGAAAGGACUUGCGGAUCUCGAUAAGCUCGUGGAUCUCAUCAAUACAGAGCUCCAUGCGUAGGUGGUAGGACUCAACAGAAAGCGGGAUAUAAAAUCUUUUUGACCAGCCUAUAA